CCCCCACCAGGGUGAGUUGAAGUUUCUUUUCGCGACAGGUGACAGUUUUUGUGAUGUGGGUACAGUGACAGUAAAUGGAUGAUUACUAAUAAUAAAUACACACCCAUUUGGCAUUUAAUAGUAUUCAGUAGUUGAUGAAAGUACAAAAAUAAGAACAAUUUCCUGAAAAACUAAAUAAACAAUUCGUGUUGACUGACCAGAGUCCGCGAAUUUUUCUAAAAGAUGACUGACUGCCAUAAAUUUGGUGCUCUAAGCCCUAUAACUUGCCAUGCCUGGAACAAAGACAGAACUCAAAUAGCAUUUUCGCCCAACAAUCAAGAAGUAGAAGUCCACCAGCGCAAAGGCACCGAAUGGAAACUCUUGGACACCCUAAACCAACAUGAUUUAAGAGUUAUGGGCAUUGAUUGGGCGCCCAACACCAACAGGAUUGUUACUUGCGCCGCUGACCGUAAUGCUUAUGUUUGGAGCCAAGACAGUGAAGGCAAAUGGAAGCCUACGCUUGUUUUGUUGAGGAUUAACAGGGCUGCCACGUGUGUAAAAUGGUCCCCAAAUGAAAAUAAGUUUGCAGUAGGCUCUGGAGCCCGACUUAUAUCAGUUUGUUAUUUUGAAAGCGAAAACGAUUGGUGGGUUUCAAAGCAUAUCAAAAAACCCAUUAGAUCUACUGUGUCUACCCUGGAUUGGCACCCAAAUAAUGUGCUUUUAGCCACAGGCAGUGCUGACUUCAAAGUUAGAGUAUUCUCAGCUUAUAUCAAAGAUAUUGAGAAAACUCCUGAACCUACUCCAUGGGGUACUAAAAUGCCUUUGGGACAACUUAUGGCUGAAUAUGUGAAUUCUCCUGCUGGCGGUGGUUGGAUUCAUUGUGUCAGCUUUUCACCUGAUGGCUCUAAAGUUGCAUGGGUGUCUCAUGAUUCAUCGAUUAACUUUGCUGAUCCAAGCAACGGAAACGCUUUUGUAAAAUUGAGAACUGAAUUCCUACCAUUUCUGAGCUGCACUUGGAUCAGUUCCAAAACAAUUGUUGCCGCCGGACAUAGCUGCAUCCCAAUUUUGUAUACUCUUAAUGCUAGUGGACAAUUGGCUUUUGCUGGAAAGUUGGACACUUCUCAAAAAAAGGAAUCCGGAGGGCUUUCAGCCAUGAGAAUGUUCCAUUCUUUGGAUAAACAGGCUAGAAGUGAAACUUCGGAUACUAAUUUGGAUUCUAUUCAUCAGAACGCAAUAACUUGUUUAUGUAUUUAUGGGGGCAAUAAAGCUAAGGCUUCGAAAAUUAGUACUUCUGGCUUGGACGGACAGUUGGUUAUUUGGGAUAUUGAUACACUGGAGAGGUCUAUUCAAGGACUGAAAAUUGAGUAAAAUAUAAUCAGUAUCAACAAUAUUGAAUUUAUUGCUGGAAGUCGAAAUAAAAUUUGAUCCUUGAUUAAGUUUUUUAUUUAUUUUCUAUACAAGUCUACAGGCUAUGGAUUCGAAACAUUGGAGAUGAGUAGAAGAAAAUCACAGGCUGUUAUCUUUAUUUAUUCUGUUUUAAAUAAUUUAAAGUACAGAGAGUUCAAUCUCGUAGAACUUAUUAAAUUUAAAGUACCAAAAGUGAAUCUGCAAGUUCUAAAUAAGGAUGUAGACAUGUUCAAUAUAAAUUGCCUCAAGACAGGUAAUCAAUAAUCAUUACGUCUGUUUACUUAUUUCCACAGACAUUUUUUUACUGGAAUCUGUUUUUCGCUAGUUUUUAGUACCUAGUUUGUGAGUGUACUUUACAUCUAAUAACCAACCUGGCGUUUGUAAAGUUUCGAAUAAAU